AGAACCUGCCGCGUCGUCGUUUGGGGGCGCUGUCGUUUGGUCUUCACAGAGGACGACGCGACUGCGUAAAUAAAGAGACGUUAUUGUCCACAGACACUUUGGGGCCCUCUUGUGCGAUUAUAAUCACCAGAUAGAUCGUUUGCCGUCAUGACAACCAAGCGUCGCCUUAUCACCGACUCGUUCAAGGUGGUGAAGAAAACCCGGAGAGGCAAAAAGCGAGAGAAAAGGAGCCCUUCGCCCGUGAAAGAGGCUGAAACCGGCCCUGUGACAGAAAGAGAAGAGGAGCUGCAGAAACUGAAGGAGUUUGAUCUGGACUGGCGAUAUGGCCCCUGCACAGGUAUAAGCAGACUCCAGAGAUGGGAAAGGGCAAAGCUUCAUGGAUUGAACCCCCCUGAAGACAUCAGAGACCUGCUGCCGUGCACAAACACAGAUCCCCAGUACACACAGAGCUUGUGGAACGACUAUCCCUUGUGAAGAAGAUGGCAGAAGAGAAUAACGCUGGUAAUGGAAGAAUGUCAAAAGUUACCUUGUAUUUGAUUGUUUUUCUUCGUUUGUUUAGUGCACACUAAGUUUAUUUAGAUUGAAAUGUUCAAUAUUAUUACCAAAAGAUCAGCUUUUUUCUCUUUGGACACACACACACACCCACACCCCAACAGUAUCCUGAUGGAGUUAGAUGUUGUUGUGUUUUGCUGUGGCGGUGACGGUAGUGAGUAGACACGUGAGUCUCACGGGGAAGUGAAAGGGAAAGUAUUGUAAAUGUAAACAUAUUAAAACAGCCAGGUUGUGAAUUAGUCAGUUACACUCACCUGUUGUUAAGUGUAGUGGACUACCAUCCAUCCAUCCAGCCAUCCAUCCAUUAUCCAAGCCGCUUGUCCCAGUCGGGGUGGCGGGGAUGCUGGAGCCUAUCCCAGCAGUCACUGGGCGGCAGGCGGGGAGACACCCCGGACAGGCCGCCAGUCCAUCACGGGGCCAAACUACUACCUGGUAGAAUAGAAAAACCAGCCUUCUGGUGGUCACACGACAAAGUCAUUGCGAUCAUGAUUAGUGACUGUCGGGUCAUGUGACUUCAUUUUUACCUGUCUGUGUUUUCCUGUUACAGAAAGAGACUGUGAAUAGCUAGAGAUGACAGUAACUAUGUUAAUGGGGUAUGUUUGUGAUCUUAUAUGGAAAUGUGUCAUUUUUAGUGGUCCAUUUUAGUGCGAAGAACAGCUUCUGAAGCCUUUAAGCCUCUUAGGAGAGAUAAGUGAAGUGUCAUUGUGUGUGUGU